AUGAGGAAGGGGGAAUCUUAUGCACUUGUGGCUUAUCCCAGACUGGCCGAUAGCGACUUGUGGUUUGAGCUACUUCGAAGGGACGUAUCCGUCCGCCAGACAGAAAAAGAGACCUCGUGCACGGAAUGUUCAGCACUGUACUGCCACCGUCAAGAAGACAACGACAGUGAAGACGAUGAUCCAGAGGAGUCGGACUUUGGCAAUGAUGAUUUCGCGUACCACGACGCGUGCCUGAUCUUUGAUUUCUUUUCUCAGGAGGGCACUAGAAGCAUUGAAGAUGCAAAGGAAUCAUUCGUGUGCCCAGAUUGUUGGGACCAUCAUAAGGAUGGUUUAUACCCGCCAAUGUGCCAAGACUCGGUUGAGCUUCGAACCAGCAAAUGGCCUCGUCUGGUUAUGGUUGUCUACUAUCUGCAGGAAUUCUGGCCUCAGACGCAACACUUGAUAACCAUGACCAGCGGGCUUUGGAAGCAGCUAGGAUGGGAGUUUCAAGGCUUUUCCGUGCGACUACAGCACUUGCAAGACAGGAGCGAUGUCACGGCUCAGUUGCAAUGGGAAGCAGGAUCUUUUCAAUUCAUGGCGGUGUUCAUUACACAUGGAUUGACAGGAGAUCAGGGGUACCAGCUAGAUGACUCCGAAGCUGUGCCUCCUCUUAAUCUGCUGCAAUUAACCUUACCAGUGGCACAAACGGCAGUUGGCGGUGCCAGCCUGACCUUGGUGUUUUUCUUUGCCUGCGGUCAUCCUAUGAUGAGCCCAAUCAUGGUGUCAACUCUUCAAGAUUGGGUGAAUAAGGACGAAGAGCAACGAACCCUGGUCGCAUGUCUUAACAAGAAGUUGUCGCCGGUGUACAUGUUCAAUUGGUUGAACAAGGCCACAAAGGCUUUAGCUGAAGAGCCCGAUGAGGUCCAAAGGACGCUACGUCUGAGUUGGCUCAGGGACAGCAUCGCACCGAGUCACUCAGAUCUUCUGUUCAUGAGCAAUGGGCAUGCUGCAGAGAUGUGGCUAUACGCGCCUUUCCAAAGCCGGCCUUUGGGGAGACCGUUACCAAGCCUGUUGAGUGUGUGCCCGUGCUCAUCCAAAGGCAAGAACCAGCGCCGGAAAAAGAUCUGGAAAGUGGAUCACAACGGCAAAUCAGGUAGACAGCUCUGCGACGUUGAGGUCAAGGCAAUAUGCCGAGCAUGUAGACAGAAGUGGCCUCUGCCUCAAGAAGACAUGAAGGGUAUCUUGGUGAAAGUCAAUGGGGUCUAUGCCGCAAUUGUUCCAUAUUUCUUGUAA